GGUACAAAUAACGGAAUAAGCUCCAAAGACAGAUCAAAAUGCGACCAUCCGGACCCUUGCCCGUGCUGUUCCCACGUGAGCUUCCCCAACAGACGUGACCAGGCGAAUGAAUAUCAAGUUUCCUACUCGAGGUAUCCUUUAAUUGCGCCGCCUUCCCUCGGCUCAUUUCAAGUCUUUGUUCCUCCGCAUUCUUUUGUUCCCGGCCCUUUCUUUCUUGAUCUUUUUGCUGGGUUCUCGCGAGCACAAACCUCAACCGUUUUGCAACUCCAAUUCAUUCCGCCAGCAUGAAAGAUCCAUUUCCUUUGCAGCCUUCGCCCUGGCUAUCAGAAAAGACACAGCCCUGGGCCGACUAUUUCGACCUGCCUACUCUCCCGCUGCACAUACACGAAGUUCUGGCCGCAGCGUUGUUAUACUCGGUCAUCUUCUGGCCUAUCUCGCCAUGGAUCUCAAACCUUCUGGCCCCGGAGCACUACUCCAAGCUUCCUCGCAAGCGACGGCUCAACUGGGACGCCCACGUUGUUUCCAUGGUUCAGAGCUGCCUAAUCAAUGCCCUGGCUAUAUGGGUAAUGUUCGUCGAUACUGAGAUGAGCAACAUGGAAUGGGAGGAGCGUAUUUGGGGUUAUACUGGUGGUGCUGGAUUCAUCCAAGCGCUUGCAGCUGGAUACUUCCUCUGGGAUUUAGUAGUCACCAGCAUUAACCUCGAUGUAUUUGGCUUGGGAACCUUGGCGCACGCAAUCGCUGCAUUACUUGUCUACUCGCUCGGUUUCCGUCCAUUUCUCAACCACUACGCCUGUGUCUUCAUCCUCUGGGAGUUAUCCACACCUUUCCUCAAUGUUCACUGGUUUAUGGAUAAACUUAACAUGACUGGUACACGCGCGCAACUAUACAACGGUGUCAUGCUUCUUUUCACAUUCUUCUCCUGUCGGCUUAUUUACGGAACUUAUUCGUCCUUCCGUGUUUACCGCGAUGUGUGGUCCGCCAUUAAUAUUAACCCCGACAUGAAGGCACUCAAUUUGCCAACUAUGUCAUUUGCGCACCCAGACUCCACGGUACCCAUGUGGAUUGGCGUCGCCUAUUUGGCCAGCAACGUCACGCUCAACAGUCUUAAUUUUUACUGGUUCUUCAUGAUGAUUCGCGCCGUACGUAAGCGGUUUGUGCCUGCGGCUGAAUUAGAGGAAAAUGUUCAAGAGAGCCCAGUGACUGAGGCUGAGAUUGACCUAUCUUCCGUCUCAACAGGUUUAUCAAAACCCACUGGCGGUCGUCGCCGCAAGGCUUGAUCGGCUCAGGAAAGCCAGCGGGCCUAGUUGCCUCAUAUUCUAAGACGUUUUCGGGAAGCCCUUCUUGUUGGUCGGAUUUGUUGUCGGCUGAGAGCUCGCCUUCGAAAACAUUCAGACUGCUCCCAUCACUUACCGAACAAGGAUGCUCAAGUUUCAAUCACUUUAGACCAUGAAUACAACUCUAUGGAACGGAAGAAACCACUCGAGCUUUUUUCUCUCGUUUGAUCAUCUUAUCCCUGUGGCCCCUUUUUCGAUUCCAUCGCAUUUUUGGUAUCACACAUCGCCAGUUUGCAACGAGACCUCGCCUCGUCAAUGAUUCACGUUCUGUUACGACUUUGUAUAGACUUAUAGAUGAGAACAUUAGAAGAGACUGAUCUGGCUUGUCCAGGAACAGCCAUAAAUAUACUAUUAUUAUUCCACACUUGACUCCCAGUUUGGUUGACCUGACAAAGUCUACAUAUACAUACAAGAUGUGAAGAAAGAUGUCCAGAGUAUUUGCAAACAUGACGAAACGACGUGCGAUGACGACCAGUUUAACAAGCUUUUCAAGAAUUAAAAACCAAAGGGGUUCUGGGGGGCUAUAGAGAACAUUAGCAUUACACAUAUACAGGUGAAAUCGUUUCAACGUACUCGCUUGCGCCAAGUUAGCCCUACGCCCUGUUGCCUGAGGCGCUAGUUUCUUGGUCUCAUUUGUCACGCCAAAUCGCACGGGAGGGGGUGGCCCAGUCUGCUGUGGUUGCAGAGGCUGAGGAACUUGUACGUUAUUCAUACCACCGAUGCCACCCAUGUUCGUCAUGCCAGUAGCUUGGGGCUGCAAGCCUGGCAUACCUGUUCGCUGGGGUUCAAGAGCUGGAGGCAAGUAGCUGUUGAUACCUCCUGUGGGUGCUCCAUACAUCGACUGCGUGGCGGGGAAGGGCGGUUGAAAACCUGUGGGUUGAGCUUGCAUUGGGACGAACUGAUUCGGUCCCUGCAUUCCUGUCAUCAUGGGCUGCAUGAACUGUCCAGCACCGGUGGGGAAAGACAUUAAGCCAGGGCCUUGUUGUCCUGGAAAUCCAGUCAUAUUGGGCUGCAUUUGCUGAGGGGCUUGCUGCUGCUGCAUCUGAGCCGUAUAUUGCUGUUGCAGGCGGGCUUGUGUGAUCUCACUCAGGCUCUGGCCGGGAGGUGCAACUUGGCCUUGCAGAGCACCUGUCAUCUGAGGCAUCAUGGGGGGAGGUGCAAAGCCGCUGGGCUGGGCUGAUUGCGGAGCUGAAAGAGGUCGCUGAGGUGGUGGAGGGACGAGAGAGCCCUGGUUCGCAGUACCUUGUGGGGGAGUAGGACGUUGCCGAGCCUGAGCAACAGAUGUAAAGAAUGAGGGGGUAGCGCCGCUCAACGGUUGCGGCACGGGUGUCGAGGUCGGCUGAGCAGCGAUGACAGGCGCCGGUGCCGGGGCGGGUGCUGGCUCAGCCCUGGUGGGUUCGAGGGGCGUUGAGAGGAGCGAUAACUCUUGCAUGGAGCCAGUCAAGGCCGGGGGAGGGGGUGAGACAGGGGCAGGCUCAGGGGCAGGCUUCUGAGCAGACUCAACAGCAGGCUGAGCUUUAGGCGGCGAUUGCUGCUUGCUAGGCUUCACGUCCCAAGCAUCAUCAUCGAAUCCUGAGCUCGCUGCUGGACGAGCUUCGGGACUCUUAUUCGUAGGACUUGUGGGCGGGGGUGACCUGCUGUCGUUCUCACCAGUCUUGGAGGAAUCACCUCGUGAAAAGGCACUGGCAUCAACAACAUCACUUGUUUGGACUGCUGGUGCGGGUCGGCCCUUGCGGGUGUUGUUUCGUAGCGCACCGCCAGGUCCAGAGAAUAAACCCCCUUCACCAUCAACUCCAUCAGCAGUUCCUCUCUUUCCACCACGGCUGCGGCCAUAUUUGGCAUCCAAGGUACGCAUGACCUUGAUGAUAUCACCUUCGCGAAUUCCAAGGGCUCUCAGAGUAGUGGCGUCGACAUCAGGAAGCACGCUCUCAUCCAUGGAAUCCUUGAUAAAGGCUUGUGCAUAGCGCUCACACAAACCCACUGCAACCUCGCAAGACAAGAAAAACUGAAACCAGUCGUAGUCGGACUUGGCAUCCUUGUCGAUCGUUGCGCCUGCUGAAGGACUACGUUCGGGGGAUUUCUUUUCGGCAGACCGAGCUCUCUUGACGUCUGCCAACGGCUUAUCGUCUUCCAGGGAUAUGCCUGUGAAGUUUUCAACAUACUCGAGAUCCUCGCGCGACAUUUUUGUGAUAGGAACUGCAAUCUUGACACCAUUCAUCUUAUACUUUGAUCGGCUUUGACUGCCGCCAUCACUUCGUCCAUUUUCUCGACGGCUCCGCUGUUGUCCCGAAUUACUACCAGUUUCUCGUGCCAUGAGGCUACUGCCUCGUUCAGGGAGAGGCAUUCCCGGUCCUACCUGCUGAGGUUCUUUGCCAGCUUUCAUGGCUUCCUUGGUCAAUCGAAUUUCUUCGAGGCGAUUUUGUUCGACGAGAGACUUGGCUGAGUUUACGCCGCCAGACGAGUGUAGUGGGACAGAGCCAGUAAUCUCAAUAUAGCUGCUAGGGACGACUCCUUCUUUACCAUUCUUGAGCCGGCGAACUUGCCACCACUCUUCGCUCUUUGUAUCGUCGAUAACAAGCACCUCGUCUCCCACAGCAACAGUUACCUCGUCGUCACCUUGGGCCAUGAAGUCAUACAGGACCUGGCCUUUCUUCUGGACACCACCGCUGCUACCUUGUGUCCCAGCCAUGAUCACCUCACGGAGUCCUUCGGCACGUACAGCACCAGCCAAUUCGCCCAACAUACUGACAAUCUCCUCGGCUGUGUCCUUUGCUCCGGCGUGGAAGUCGACGCUCUUGCUUGGGCGCACAAGCUCCAUAAAAACGUGCUUUCCCUCCCGCGAGUAAUGCGUCAUGCGGUCAGCGGUCCAUUCCUGUGAAGGUCCAUCAGAAGCAUGCUCUGGAGCAACCAGUAUGAUACCUGUUAAAAGAUUAAUUCCUAAUGUUGUGGGCAUCUUCUUCUUCUUGCCCAUGAUGGAAAUCAUCUCGUUGAUGUUAUACAUAUGAAAGCCGCCAGGAGUACGCUCGACAUCUUGGCGACGAUCUGGGUCCCUGUGGUCUUGGAAACUGCGGGUGUGUAUAGGGGAGGGGGGUUCGUCAUAAGUUGGAGAUGGUGGCGCUGGUACCCGUGGUCGGGCUGGCAGGGUCGGUGAUCGUACGGGCUCGUCCUCAACUUCGGGGGGUUCGCUAAACGUAACGGACGCACGAGGGGGCUGUCGUGGAGCGGCAGAUUGCUGAGAUUGUUGAGAAACUGAGCGACCAUGCAUGACGCCUGCGAUAGCAGCAGCAGGGUUCGAAGGAGUAGGCGCGGUGUCAUUCGGUAGGUCCGGAGAUGCCGCCUCUGGUUCGGGGGAGGAGAUCGAGGGAGCCUGUGGUGGUCUUGAAGGUAGCGCUGGCGGCGGAGACGGCAGCGGCGGCUGAGCAGACUCAGCAGGUGCGCCCAUUUCGAUGUAGUUGGAAGGGACAAAGCCAUAUUCGCCGUCGAGGCCAGUCAGGAUCCAGUCGGGGUCCGACGUGUCGUAGACAGCAAGCGUAGCAUCCUCGUGAAAUGACAAUUCUUCAUCUGUCUGGCGCGUGUAAUCGAAUAGAGCUCUAGCAUGGUCUACUGGCUUGGCCUUUUAAAUUAAAGAACGAAGCUUUAGUACCAGUGCUGUGAUAGUGCUGUAGUUGUUCAACGCCAACUUACCUCCUCG